AGUAGCCUGCGUCAGUAACGUUGGUGAUACGUGAAAAUCUGUGAUACGAACGGGUUCGCAAUGAUUCGUAACGGUUUUUUACUAGUGAUCUCAGCAGGCAUCUGCUGUCUUAACACAGUGCAAGCUCUUUACUGCUACAAUUGUGUCGACAAUCAGUGUAUAGAUGGUGCCACAAUAGCAAACGUAAUCCAGUGCAGUACCACAGCAUCGAAUGAUCAGUGUUACACGAAAUAUAGUGGAUAUAAAAUCGUUCAGAGAGGAUGUAUGUCUGCAAUGACACCCACAGAUCAGAGUUCAUGUAGCGCAUCUGCAGAUUGUGAACUCUGCUCCGGUGACAGAUGCAAUCAAUACAGCAGAGCGACUCACACGUGUAUCAAGUGUUCAUCUGCAAACGAUGAAAACUGCUUUAAUCCUUCGGCUAGUAUGCAAGCCGAGCGAUGUGGCGCCCCCAGUACGGAUGUGUCUCAAGUGCAGUGCUAUACAAGAGUGAUCGGCACUGUCACCGAGCGGGGCUGCAUCCAAUCGCAAAACGAUAUCGACGGUUGCGACCGAUAUCAAUGUGCAACUUGUUUCGGAUCAGGUUGCAACGGUGGCGAAUAUCCUGCUGGUCGACAAAAAUGCAUCAAAUGCAGUGGAACAGCAUGUGCUACUGCAACUUUCAAAAAUUAUUGUGCUCUGCCCGGUGACAACUGCGCUAUGAUAAAGAAUGGUGAUGGCACCAUAUCGAAAAACUGUGAGAGUUCUCUGUCGGAUACGGAAAAAUCGUACUGCCAGGCGAAUCCAGCCAAAUGUUUCUACUGCGGUAAUAAUGGAUGCAACGAGUGUACGAUCGAUAUCCAAGCAAACCCCAAGUGCUACACCUGCGAAGGAACCAACUGUCUACGGUCGACGUUGGAACUCGAAACCUGCCACAACGUUGACGAUUCAUGUUUCACCAUAUUCGACGGAUACAAUCCCGUGCGCCGUGGUUGCAAGUCAGCCCUCACCAUUCAGCAGAAGGCUGCCUGCGAAGAUGCCGACGAUGUCAGCUGUGAUCUUUGCACGACUAAUGCUUGUAAUCUGCUUGGACGCAAGGAUCACAACUGCGAGUACUGUUCAUCGACAGUAAGUGACAUAUGUGUGGCCAAUCCAAAUAAUCCGAUACGCUGUGCGGCACCGAUCACCGAAGUCACAGCCGAAGGCCAGUGCUACACGAGAAUCAUAGGAAGCGUCACGGAACGAGGCUGCCUCGGUUCGUCGGUGGAUGCCAUGGAAUGCAAAUCGGCGGACAACUGUCAAAUGUGUGCUAUCCAGAAUGGAAGUCCGUGCAACAAAGUUGUGUUUCCCACGGGACGCAGAAAAUGUAUGGUCGGCUCUACAGCCGAUCAAUACUGUCCGGAUCCGAACGAUAGCUGUGUCCAGAUGAUGCAAAACACUGUUCGAAGUAAAAAGUGCAAAUCGUCCAUGAGUGAGGAGGAGGUGGCCUUCUGUCAGACAAACAGCAACAAGUGUCACUUCUGCACGAGCGACAACUGCAAUGCCCAGGAUAAGACGUUUGACUAUAUCGAGUGUUUAUCCUGCUCGUCCGAUUCCGACCCCAGCUGUACGUCUGAUCCCGGAGCAAUUUCCACCAUCCAACAGUGUCAAACUUGUGUUGCGGUCUAUUCAAAGAGUACGACCAUUCUGCGGCGUAGUUGUUUCACAUCGUUGACCCCGGCAGAACAGCAACAGUGUCAAGCCGGUACGGAUCUUCUGUGCAGUAGCUGUACUACGAAUCGUUGCAAUCGGGAAAUCCAUCCGACCGGACGUCUGGCCUGUUACAGCUGCCAAGGAGACUCAUGUUUUUCACACGAUUCCAUCAAGCUCGAGUACUGUCCAAUCUAUCAGCAAGAUGACAGCUGCUUCGUUCAAUUGGGUGACAGUGGUCAGCUGGUUCGGUUGGGUUGCAAAAGUUCGCUCAGUUCGGCGGAAGUCGCUUCGUGUUCAGCAGGUUCCGCAGUUUGCAAAACCUGCGCGACCUCUGGCUGUAACGAACCUGCCCGACACCUUCUCAGUAGCAGUUGCAUUCAGUGUACCAGUGCAAACGAUCCCGAUUGCAUUGAUAAAGCUUCCAAGUACGAUGCUGAACCGUGCAACGACCCAUUGAAUACAGUGUGCUACACCCGGCUAAUUUUAGGUAGUUCGGUCGAACGAGGCUGUGUCAAUGAUUUGGAUUCACCGUCCAAGGAUCAAUGCGCUAAAGGCUAUCAAUGCAAUCUUUGUGGGUCGCCCACCGGAAAAUGCAACUCGCUGCUGUAUCCAGGAAAUUGGCUGAGUUGUUAUCAGUGCGAAUCCUCACAGAACGACACUAGCUGCAAAAACGCACAAGCCGGAACACCUAGCGUUUGUCCAAUGUAUCAUAAGGACAACAAGUGCUACACGAUCGUACAGGCGAAUGGACAAACGACUCGAAAGUGUUCCACGCAGGCCCGAGACGUGCAGUGCGCCGGUUCCGCUCAGUGUGAGGUAUGCCUCUUCAAUGGCUGUAACAAUCGUGUGUCAACGUCCAUCACCAGUACGAACGAAACCGGAACGACGGCAGCACCGGCCACUACAACUCAGAAACCUGGCUCAGCCGAUAGAGUCGUGGGUGUAGGUUUUGCCACCAUUCUGCUACUUGUGAUUACAUUUGCGUUACGUCUUCCGAGCGUCUGAUGCUGACGGAGGUUCCGUGUAUUUGUGUGGAUGUGUGAGUGUGCGCGAGUGUGACAGUACAUUUCUAUCAAUGUAGUAAAAUAUAUUAAAGUGAUGGAUUCAAAA